AUGGGGAAAAGAAAAAGUAGAGAGAAGGCCACGCCCAAGGCCACUGCGGAGCCGAUUUUGAGAUUUCCACUAAUGCCCGAAAGUGAAAUGUCGGAUCGGGAGGCUAAGUAUAUGAGUCGCCUUAAUGAUUUUACUGUUAGUGCAGACUUAGUAAAGCAUGCUCAUAGCGACUUUUAUGAACAGGAGGUUGAGAGAAUGUUCAGGGAGCACUGGGAACAUCAUUUGCGUUGCGAUGGACUGCCACGCCCCUAUCUUCCCGUCGAAAUAAGGGAGUUUAUCUCAAAGAUGCGGUUUUACGAUGAUUUUGAGACAAAAAAUUCGAUGGAUUGGACGUUGUCGGUGGACGAACGGUCUAUAUUGAAUCAGAAUAUCUUCAGGGUGGACAAAACGCGAUGCACAAUGAAGCUGACCAAAGAUAAUCCGGGCACACACUACGAUCAGAAUGUUCAGAUGUGUUUGGAUGCAUUAACUGAAAUGGAUUCUAUGCUGGACAACGAGGCCGAAAUGGUGCGAAUGUCCAAGAAAAGACAGGCGGAUGUCAUGGAAGUUUAUACCGAAGUCGAGCUGGAAAUCGAUGAUAUCUUUGAUCGUCUUACCUAUCGAAUAUUGAAAAUGCAAGAUGCCUAUAUGGAUUCUGCAGAUGGUAGAGUUGCCAAGUGGAGCUACACCUGUAAGCCUUGGAAAUUGGAUUUGUGGGGUCUGCGGAAUGUACCAAUUAUCUUUGCUCAACUAGAAUUGCCCGUUAUGUUGGCCGAGCUUGAGGCCUCGGGUGUUGAGGUCCAGAUACCGAAAAGUGUUCUGAAAGAUUGCAUAACCAUUCGCAGUUUGCACACUGAUUUCGAUAACAUCUCGCAGAAUGCCAAGAGCUUCGAGACAACUAUUUCUGCAUCGGCCAAUUAUCCCACCGCCGGCAUAGUGGAUAUAGAGGAAUCGGUGAUCAACGAAUGGGUAAUGCAGCAGGAAAUUCAGGAGGAGACCAUGAAUCUGAUGUUGAGCAGGCGGAGAGAGUAUGAGGAAAUGAUGGAGCUCAUCGCCGAGAGAACGGAGGCAGCUGCAAAGGCGGCCAAGCAAACGGAUCCCGAUAAAGCGGUAAAAAUUGUAAUACCCAAGGCUCCCAAAGAGCCGCCAGCAGUUCCGCCGGGCAUGUAUCCCGAUAUCUACAGCGAUUUUCUUAGAACAGAGGACGCCCAGUACUCGGGCUAUCUCGAUGAGGUAUAUCAUCCAAGGCAUCUGGAUAUGCAGCCUUUUGAGAUAAAUCUCAGGGAGCGCAUCAUGCUGGGUGGCAUCUAUGCGAUCAUGUUCGUUCGACGACCUGAGCAAACGCAGUUCGAGAAGUUCAACAUUGUUUUGCACGAGGAUGGACGGGUUCUGCACAGCAUGCCCGAAAUGAAGGCCGAAAUCGAGGGAGAACGGCUGAGGAAUUCUGAUAUUGCCAGAAGGACCAGGGAGACGUACCGGAACACCAAGAUCAAGCUGGAGGAUGAUGAGUUGCCUUAUUUCAUCGUGGCCCUGCAGUUGCCCAAGGAUCUGUGCAAGUGGAGUGAGCCUGUAGUAUGCCAUUUCUUGACGGAAAUCGAUCAAAUUCCGGUCGAUUAUAAGCGCGAAUCAGUCUGGACGCCAACCUUGCAGAGCGAAAUAAGACAUUCGGAGUAUGCCGAGAGGUUGGAUGGUACCAUUAAUCUUGGUAGUCGAAUCUCAGGAUUAAGGAUCUCAGAUUCUUCAAAUAUAUUUCGACCCACACUUCGAUCGUUCCUUCGACAAAGUCGAUUAGAAACGGCGCCGGUAGUCGAAAUUCCUUUGGAGGACUUUGAAUUGAAGAAGCAAUUGAAUCAUUUGGAGACGAGAACCUUGGAGAAACAUGUCAUACCCCGUAUAAUCUCGUCCUUUAAGUUACCCGCCGAUUUUCGCGAGGACAAGCGAGAGGUGGGCAGACAGGGCAUUAAGGGCUUAGUCAAACGUGCCGAAGCCGAGGAAGUCGUUGUUCCGGUCAAGAACCUGGAUUUCGAUUUUGAGUCCCAAGCGAUUAAUGCGGAGCGAAUGUUUCCUUACUUUCCCACCGUUGAUCCUGUGCAAUAUCCCACGCUCUCCGAGGACUCGGAACCACAGCCACUUAGUGCGACUACUGCGCUUGGACUUUUAAAAACUUUUGACACCAUCAAAGCCAAGUACCGGGAAAAACCCGUUGAGCUUUUGAGUCAGCCCGACGAGCAGGAUAAGAAACCCAAGCUCAAAAAAUUAGCAUUAAAGGACGAAGAAGAGUUACCAGAGGCUUCGACAGGCAAGCGAAAAUUAUCAAAAUUUAAUGAAAAAGUACGCACAAGCAUCAAGGGGGAAAAGCCGGAAGCAAGUAGCAUCACCUCCAAAUCAGCGACGGACCAGAUGAUCGAGCAGGAAGUGACCCAUUGGACCACAAAGUACAUUAAGGACCCGACACUAAACAAGGAAACGGGCAGAAUCACCUUCAAGACUGAUCGUCUGGGAUUUUUCGGUUUGGCCUUCAAGCGGUACGAGCAUUUUCCCUUUCGCGAAUGGUCACUGCAGCCGAGUGAGGAAAAUCCGGAUGAGAUCAUUCUAAACGUGGAUACAUUCCAUGUCCGCAUAUUUUUCUACAUCACAUCCAAGGGCGUUCGGGGCUACGUGACCGAUCUGAGCAAGGGAUACACGGCCAAGCCAGUUAAGUAUCUUGAGAUAGUGGAGCCGAUAUCAGACUUUCGUCAAAUGCGUCAGAUGUUCAUUAGCAAGAAUAUUAAUAUAUUUGCCGAGAACGAUGCUAGUUUCUAUAUCGAAAACGGAUACUUUUCCAUGAAGCACGUGGCCCUUGAGUUGCACACCUACAACAUCAUGGCUCUCCAUUGCAAACUAAUGAAGUUUUAUCGAUCGAGCUGGAAUCGAUUGGCCUCGCGACGCGAUAUUAUCAUGGGCAUGAAGAUCGCCAAGGAUGUAUCGGAUUAUUCAGAGGUAACAAUGCGAAUUACUCCCGAGAAGACCACCUUCGUUCAGAUUUCAGAGAAUUGUUCGGACAAAGUGAACGUGAUCGUGCUCACCUAUACUGACACUUGGAGAAACAUCAGCAAUUUCACCGAUCUGCAUCAGGCCAUAAACUCGAUGGUCCCCAAUGCCACAGAAGUGCGUAAUAAGGACUCCAUUCUUCUACAUUAUGUAAUGCGAAUGCUGAAAGAGAUAAGGCUAUUAAGCUUUUCGUAGAAUUUAUCUAUAUU